UUAUUGGAAUGCUACAAUAACAUACAUGUUGUGAAAAAGACCCCAUCGGUUUACAUGCACAAUCAAACUGUUGUCGUGUUGAAUUGAAUACCAACCCAGACGCAUCCUCAUAACAGUAUAAUACUCAACCAGACAAAACAUGCACACAAACUAUAUAGCAAAAGUUAUGAUAUUUGAUCUUUGGCUUUAAAAUGAGCUUUCUGAAUCAGAUCCAAGGUUUUAAACCACAACAGUUAAAAUCCACAGUUACGACAGUGACAACAGUAGAUGGGCGAACACUGGAGGAAUCUAGAGAUAAAUAUGGCAGAAUUAAAUCUGAAAUGGUAUCCCAGGGGGCACAAGGAUUUGUUGGGGACACUAAACUUGACUUGCAAAUUGCUGAGGUCUUACCUGGAUUAUAUCUGAGCUCCCAGGAUGUAGCGGCUGAUGUUGACAUCUUAGAGCAGCAUGACAUCACACAUAUCCUCAAUGUAGCAUCCAUGAUAGAGAACUGGUUCCCAGAUGACUUCAAAUACCUCAAAAUAGAGAUACUUGACAUACCCGAGUCUGACAUAUCGAAGCAUUUUCCUGAGUGUUUUAAAUUCAUAGAUGAAGCAUUAGGGAGUAAAGGCAGAGUGCUAGUACAUUGUAAUGCAGGGGUAUCUAGGUCAGCUACUAUUGUGAUCGCGUAUAUAAUGAGAACUGAGAGAAUGACUUUACAAGAAGCUCAUAGUAAAGUAGCAGGUGUAAGGCCUUGUAUCAGGCCUAAUGCAGGAUUUCAACAUCAGCUAAAAACUUAUGAGAAACUAUUGCAGUCUGAAAAUAAUACGUCCAAAUCAAAAUGAUUGAGGA